AUGGCCAAGCGCCUUUUUAACUACUUGACGUUGAUUCCUUGCCAUCCCGCCGCCCCUGUGACUGGGGGUGCUGCGUCGAUGGAGGUCCUUUCGUUCAGGGCAACCGCCCGUCACAAGGCCAGCGUGCGCCAUUUUUCUUCAAAAUCCUGGAGACAAUACCAUAAAGAUGGAACCCAUGAAGGCAAUACCCGCGGCGGAUUUGGGUCUCGACUACGGUUUGCGCUGCGCAAUACCAAGGUGGAAUGGUACCCAAUCCCUGUUGGACUUGGCAUCGGCCUGUUGGGAGUUCUACACUUCUAUAAAUCACAACGUGCGGAGCGUGAUCGUAUCUCGCAAGAGGCCAUCGGGGAAGAUUGGGAAAAUGGGGCCCGGCCACCACGUCGCCCUCGCGUUGUGCCCUCGGGCCCCUGGCAAGUCCAGAUCAUGUCGACCUUACCCCUGAAGGCCAUCUCGCGAUUGUGGGGUCGAUUUAACGAGAUCGAGUUGCCAUACUAUUUCCGUGUGCCGGGAUUCAAACUCUACUCAUGGGUCUUUGGCGUCAACUUGCACGAGGUCGCCGAGCCUGAUCUCCACACGUACCCGAAUCUUGCUGCGUUCUUCUAUCGCAAGUUAAAACCCGGCGUCCGACCUCUCGACCCGGACCCUCGCGCCCUUCUAUCGCCCUCCGAUGGCCGGAUUCUCCAGUUUGGAAUGAUUGAGCGAGGCGAGGUUGAGCAGGUGAAGGGCAUGACAUACAGCCUAGAUGCUCUCCUAGGUGCCGCUACCCCGGCGCACGCCGAUCACAGCAACCGGUUGAGUGACCCAGCGUCCGAAACCAAUCAGAAGGAUGUGGAGAACAUGAAAGCCGACGAAGAAUUUGCAACCAUGAACGGCAUUCAUUAUACGCUUCCGACAUUGCUGUCCGGCAAUGCAGAACAACCUGCCCAGCGCCGGGCCUCGAUUGACGCGUCCACUGCCUCGAAGACCACAUCGGAAGUCCAGGUGCAAGAAGAGUUGGCCCGCGGGGACGGAACCAGUUGGUUCGCGCCGAAAUCAGCCGCCAACCAUGCGUUGUUCUACUGUGUGAUCUACCUAGCCCCUGGUGAUUACCACCGGUUUCACUCUCCCACAGCCUGGGUUGUGGAGAGCCGCCGUCAUUUUGCCGGCGAGUUGUACUCGGUGUCUCCAUACCUUCAACGCACCCUGCCGGGUCUGUUCACCUUGAACGAGCGAGUGGCGUUGUUGGGCCGCUGGCGCUGGGGUUUCUUCAGUUACAUCCCAGUCGGUGCGACCAACGUGGGCUCGAUCAAAAUCAACUUUGACUCGGAGCUGCGCACCAACAGCUUGUUGACGGAUACGGCGGCGGACUUGGCGGCGGCGUUGGCUGCUAAGCGGGGCGAGCCUAAUCCCGGCUUCGUGGAGGCGACCUACCACCACGCAAGUCGUACGCUUGGGGGCAUCCCCUCCGCCGCGGCGAGGAGAUGGGUGGAUUCCAACUGGGCAGCGCCGCUUGGAUCUCGGAAAUCCAUCGAUGCUGGCUGGCCGGAGAAGGAACGACCUGACGGUUGGACGUGGAGUAUCGAAAAGGGCCAGCGUAUCAAGAUGGGUGAGAAGCUGGGCUUUGUUGGGUACGCGUCGAACUAG